AUGUAGUUAACAAACCCUGUUUAGUUAUAAUUACCGUCUAACUCAUUCACUGCACAUGACUCGACUUCCGAUACAUAUUUUCAUAGUCUCUGAACGAUCCCAAAUAUUCCCAACACUUUAAGUUUGUUUCCCAGCUUAGACAUAUUGAUUUCAUCGGAUCCAUGUCCACCAUAAAUAUAAUCUUUCAAUCAAGUAAUUAGAUCAGUUCAUAUGACAUAUAAAAAAAACUUUCUUCGCGCUUUGUUAUUUCAUACACAACGUACUCGAAGAAACAAUUACGAUCUUACAAGAAAGAAAAAAAAUCCCAAAAACAUGAAAAGGAAACAAAUGUGACGUGACGUAACGUAGAUCUCCACAUACUCCAAUCGUUUUGCAUGGAGCAUGCAUGUGUACCUUGCACGUUAUAGACUACACAACUCCUUCAUAAAAUCCCCCUCCCUUCCCAUCACCAAACAGCAACCAUCCAAUCAGAAACACAUGAGGGAAGAAGAACAUCAAAACGAAUUAGUUCAAACUCCAUCACAGAGAGCGGAAAAUUGCUUCCGUUGCAAUGUGUUCGCGUUUCUCACCCCACUCUUGGAGGUUAUCAAGGUGGUUGCUGCUCCCGUUGCCUCCGUGAUCUUUAUAGGCUUCGCCGGGAUAAUACUCGCCGGUUUAGCCGUGGCAUUAGCCGUAUCCGCACCGCUUCUCAUCAUAUUCAGUCCGGUUCUGGUACCUGCUGCCACUAUAGCCACUACUCUCGGCACAGGUGUCGCCUUCGCAGUGACGUCCGUGGCUCUCAUUAUAUGGCUCACCAAGCAUAGGAUGGGAGUAAAGCCCGAGCAUAAUCCACCUCCACGAGGAGCUCCACCGACCGGAUCUAGUUCAUCAAGAAGUGAAGGUAAACACUUGGUUAAAGAUAUAUUGAAAAAAAUAAUUAAAUCUAAAAUUAAAAGCAUAUUGAAAGGGAAAAACAGUUCAUCAGUAAAAGGAGAUUCGUCUAUGAAUAGAAUUAAAUCAACUGAAAAAUCACAUGGCAAUUCAUCUGAUGGUCAAAAAUCGCCAGUAAAUAAAAUUUCACCUAAUCGUGAAAAUUCAUGUACAUGUGAAAGUUUACCGAAAAAUGAAAGUAAACAUGCGGGUAAAAAUCCACCAAUGAGUGAAAGUUCAUCAAGCGGUGAAAGUUCAUCUGGAGGUGGAAAUUUACCUGGCGGAGGAAAAACACCUAAAAAUAAAAAUAAACACAAGGAUAAAAAUACUAAAGUAAAAUCUAAAACUAAAAGUAAACUAAAAAAUAAAAUUGGUUCAUCUGGUGGUAAAAGUUCACCAAGCGGUGAAAAUUCACCUGGUAGUGGAAAUUCAUCGAGCAAUACAAGUUCACCUAAAGACGUAAGUAAACACAAUGGUAAAAAAAAUAUCAUAGAUAAAGUUAAAUCAAAGAUUAAAGGUAAACUAAAAGGUAAGAAUAGUUCAUCCGGUGGCGGAGGCUCACAAAGGAGUGAAGGUUCACCAAGCGGUAGAAGUUCACCGGUUAGUGGAAAUUCAUCGAACGGUGUAAGUUCACCCAAAAAUACAGGAAAACAUAAGAAUAAAAGCACUAUUGUAGAUAAACUUAAAUCCAAGAUUAAAAGUAAAUUGAAAGGAAAGAGUGGUCCACCUAGUGGUGGAAGCUCACCAAUGAGUCGAGGUUCACCAAGCGGUGGCAGUUUACCUGGCCAAGAAAAUUUAUCUAGCGGUGAAAGUUCAUCCAAGGAUAGAGGUAAACCCAAAGGUAAAAGCACAAGUAAAUUAAAAGGUAAGAGUGGUUCAUCCAAUAGUGCAAGCCCACCGAUGAAUGGAGUUUCACCUGGCCAUGAAAAUUCAUCUAGCGGUGAAAGUUCACCCAAGAAUGGAGGUAAACCCAAGGGUAAAAGCACUAUCUUAGAUAAAGUUAAAUCAAAGAUUAAAAGUAAAUUGAAAGAUAAGAGCGGUUCAUCCGAUGGUGGAACUUCACCAAUUAGUGAAAGUUCACCAAGUGGUAGAAGUUCAGCUAGCAGUGGAAGUUCACCUGGCGGUGAAAGUACACCCAAAAAUGAAAGUAAACACAAGGGUAAAAGCACUAUUCUUGAUAAAUUAAAAUCCAAAAUUAAAAGUAAACUAAAAGAUAAGAGUGGUUUAUCUGGUGGUGGAAGUUCACCAAGCGGUGGAGAUUUACCUGGUAGUAGAAAUUUAUCGAGCAGUGCAAGUUCAUCUAAGGACGUAAGUAAACACAAAGGUAAAAAAAGUAUUAUAGAUAAAGUUAAAUCAAAGAUUAAAAGUAAACUAAAAGGUAAAAAUAGUUCAUCCAGUGGCGGAAGCGCACAAAUGAGUGAAAGUUCACCAAGCGGUGAAAGUUCACCUGUCAGUGGAAAUUUAUCGAGCGGUGCGAGUUCACCCAAAAAUAAAAAUAAACACAAGGGCAAAAGCACUAUUGUAGAUAAACUUAAGUCCAAGAUUAAAAGUAAAUUGAAAGGAAAUAAUAGUCCAUCUAGUGGUGGAAGCUCAUCGAAGAGUGGAGGUUCACCAAGCGGUAGCAGUUCACCUGGCCAAGAAAAUUCAUCUAGCGGUGCAAGUUCACCCAAGGAUGCAGGUAAACCCAAGAGUAAAAGCACUAUUUUAAAUAAAGUUAAAUCAAAGAUUAAAAGUAAAUUGAAAGGUAAGAGCGGUUCAUCCGAUGGUGGAAGCUCACCGAUGAGUGGAGGUUCACCCAACAAUGGCAGUUCACCUGGCCAUGGAAAUUCAUCUAGCGGUGAAAGUUCGCCCAAGAAUGGAGGUAAAAUCAAGGGUAAAAGCACUAUCUUAGAUAAAGUUAAAUCAAAGAUUAAAAGUAAAUUGAAAGGUAAGAGCGGUUCAUCCGAUGGUGAAAGCUCACCAAUGAGUGAAAGUUCACCAAGCGGUAGAAGUUCAGCUAGCAGUGAAAGUUCACCUAGCGGUGAAAAUACACCUAAAAAUGAAAGUAAACACAAGGGUAAAAGUACUAUUCUUGAUAAAUUAAAAUCCAAGAUUAAAAGUAAACUAAAAGAUAAGAGUGGUUCAUCUGGGGGUGGAAGUUCACCAAGCGGUGGAAAUUCACCUGGUAGUAGAAAUUCAUCGAGCAGUGCAAGUUCACCUAAGGAUGUAAGUAAACACAAGGGUAAAAAAAGUAUCAUAGAUAAGGUUAAAUCAAAGAUUAAAGGUAAAAUAAAAGGUAAGAAUAGUUCAUCCGGUGGUGGAAGCUCACAAAUGAGUGAAGGUUCACCAAGCGGUAGAAAUUCAUCUAGCGGUGCAAGUUCACCCAAAAAUACAGGAAAACACAAGGAUAAAAGCACUAUUGUAGAUAAAAUUAAAUCCAAGAUUAAAAGUAAAUUGAAAGGAAAGAGUGGUCCAUCUAGUGGUGGAAGCUCACCAAUGAGUGGAGGUUCACCAAGCGGUGGUAGUUCACCUAGCCAAGAAAAUUCAUCUAGCGGUGCAAAGUCACCCAAGGAUGGAGGUAAACCCAAGGGUAAAAGCACUAUCUUAGAUAAAGUUAAAUCAAAGAUUAAAAGUAAAUUGAAAGGUAAGAGCGGUUCAUCCGAUGGUGGAAGCUCACCAAUGAGUGGAGGUUCACCUAGCGGUGGUAGUGCACCUGGCCAUGGACAUUCAUCUAGCGGUGAAAGUUCACACAAGAAUGGAGGUAAAACCAAGGGUAAAAGCACUAUCUUAGAUAAAGUUAAAGCAAAGAUUAAAAGUAAUUUGAAAGGUAAGAGCAGUUCAUCUGAUGGUGGAGGUUCACCGAUGAGUGGAGGUUCACCUAGCGGUGGCAGUGCACCUAGCCAUGGAAAUUCAUCUAGCGGUGAAAGUUCACCCAAGAAUGGAGGUAAACCUAAGGGUAAAAGCACUAUCUUAGAUAAAGUUAAGUCAAAGAUUAAAAGUAAAUUGAAAGGUAAAAACGGUUCAUCUGAUGGUGAAAGUUCACCAAGCGGUGAAAGUUCAGCUAGCAGUGGAAGUUCACCUGACGGUGGAAGUACAUCCAAAAAUGAAAGUAAACAUAAGAGUAAAAGCACUAUUCUUGAUAAAGUAAAAUCCAAAAUUAAAAGUAAACUAAAAGAUAAGAGUGGUUCAUCUGGUGGUGAAAGUUCACCAAGCAGUGGAAAUUCACCUGGUAGUGGAAAUUUAUCGAGCAGUGCAAGUUCAACUAAGGAUGUAAGUAAACACAAGGGUAAGAAAAAUAUCAUAGAUAAAGUUAAAUCAAAGAUUAAAAGUAAACUAAAAGGUAAGAGUAGUUCAUCCGGUGGCGGAAGCUCACAAAUAAGUGAAACUUUACCAAGCGGUGGAAGUUCACCUGUCAGUGGAAAUUCAUCGAGCGGUGCGAGUUCACCCAAAAAUAAAGGUAAAGACAAGGGUAAAAACACUAUUGUAGAUAAAAUUAAAUCCAAUAUUAAAAGUAAAUUGAAAGGAAAUAGUAGUCCAUCUAGUGGUGGAAGCUCACCGAUGAGUGGAGGUUCACCUAACGGUGGCAGUUCACCUGGUCAAGAAAAUUCAUCUAGCGGUGCAAGUUCACCCAAGGAUGGAGGUAAACCCAAGAGUAAAAAUACUAUCUUAGAUAAAGUUAAAUCAAAGAUUAAAAGUAAAUUGAAAGGUAAGAGCGGUUCAUCCGAUGGUGGAAGCUCAUCGAUGAGUGGAGGUUCAUCUAGCAGUGGCACUUCACCUGGCCAUGGAAAUUCAUCUAGCGGUGAAAGUUCGCCCAAGAAUGGAGGUAAAACCAAGGGUAAAAGCACUAUCUUAGAUAAAGUUAAAUCAAAGAUUAAAAGUAAAUUGAAAGGUAAGAGCGGUUCAUCCGAUGGUGGAAGCUCACCAAUGACUGAAAGUUCACCAAGCGGUGGAAGUUCAGCUAGCAGUGGAAGUUCACCUGACGGUGGAAGUAUACCCAAAAAUAAAAUUAAACACAAGGAUAAAAGCACUAUUCUUGAUAAAUUAAAAUCCAAGAUUAAAAGUAAACUAAAAGAUAAGAGUGGUUCAUCUGGUGGUGGAAGUUCACCAAGCAGUGGAAAUUCACCUGGUAGUGGACAUUCAUCGAGUAGUGCAAGGUCACCAAAGGACGCAAGUAAACACAUGGUUAAAAAAAGUAUCAUAGAUAAGGUUAAAUCAAAGAUUAAAGGUAAACUAAAAGGUAAGAAUAGUUCAUCUGGUAGCGAAAACUCACAAAUGAGUGAAGGUUCACCAAGCGGUGGAAAUUCACCUGUUAGUGAAAAUUCAUCAGGCGGUGCAAGUUCACUCAAAAAUGCAGGGAAACACAAGGGUAAAAGCACUAUUGUAGACAAACUUAAAUCCAAGAUUAAAAGUAAAUUUAAAAGAAAGAGUGGUCCAUCUAGUGGUGGAAGCUCACCAAUGAGUGGAGGUUCACCAAGCGGUGGUAGUUCACCUGGCCAAGAAAAUUCAUCUAGCGGUGCAAAUUCACCCAAGGAUGGAGGUAAACCCAAGCGUAAAAGCAAUAUCUUAGAUAAAGUUAAAUCAAAGAUUAAAAGUAAAUUGAAAGGUAAGAGCGGUUCAUCCGAUGGUGGAAGCUCACCGAUGAGUGGAGGUUCACCUAGCGGUGGUAGUGCACCUGGCCAUGGAAAUUCAUCUAGCGGUGAAAGUUCACCCAAGAAUGGAGGUAAAACCAAGGGUAAAAGCACUAUCUUAGAUAAAGUUAAAUCAAAGAUUAAAAGUAAAUUGAAAGGUAAGAGCAGUUCAUCCGGUGGUGGAGGUUCACCGAUGAGUGGAGGUUCACCUAGCGGUGGCAGUGCACCUGGCCAUGGAAAUUCAUCUAGCGGUGAAAGUUCACCCAAGAAUAGAGGUAAACCUAAGGGUAAAAGCACUUUCUUAGAUAAAGUUAAGUCAAAGAUUAAAAGUAAAUUGAAAGGUAAAAACGGUUCAUCUGAUGGUGAAAGUUCACCAAGCGGUGAAAGUUCAGCUAGCAGUGGAAGUUCAUCUGGCGGUGGAAGUACAUCCAAAAAUGAAAGUACAAAUAAGAGUAAAAGCACUAUUCUUGAUAAAGUAAAAUCCAAAAUUAAAAGUAAACUAAAAGAUAAGAGUGGUUCAUCUGGUGGUGGAAGUUCACCAAGCAGUGGAAAUUCACCUGGUAGUGGAAAUUUAUCGAGCAGUGCAAGUUCAACUAAGGAUGUAAGUAAACACAAGGGUAAGAAAAGUAUCAUAGAUAAAGUUAAAUCAAAGAUUAAAAGUAAACUAAAAGGUAAGAGUAGUUCAUCCGGUGGCGGAAGCUCACAAAUAAGUGAAACUUCACCAAGCGGUGGAAGUUCACCUGUCAGUGGAAAUUCAUCGAGCGGUGCGAGUUCACCCAAAAAUAAAGGUAAAGACAAGGGUAAAAACACUAUUGUAGAUAAAAUUAAAUCCAAGAUUAAAAGUAAAUUGAAAGGAAAUAGUAGUCCAUCUAGUGGUGGAAGCUCACCGAUGAGUGGAGGUUCACCUAACGGUGGCAGUUCACCUGGUCAAGAAAAUUCAUCUAGCGGUGCAAGUUCACCCAAGGAUGGAGGUAAACCCAAGAGUAAAAAUACUAUCUUAGAUAAAGUUAAAUCAAAGAUUAAAAGUAAAUUGAAAGGUAAGAGCGGUUCAUCCGAUGGUGGAAGCUCAUCGAUGAGUGGAGGUUCACCUAGCGGGGGAAGUUCACCUGGCCAUGAAAAUUCAUCUAGCGGUGAAAAUUCACCCAAAGAUAGAGUUAAACCUAAGGGUAAAAGCACUAUCUUAAAUAAACUUAAAUCUAAGAUUAAAAAUAAAAUGAAAGAUAAGAGCGGUUCAUCCGAUGGUAAAAGUUCACCAAGCGGUAGUAAUUCACCUGGCUAUGAAAAUUCUUCUAGCGGUGUAAAUUCACCCAAGGAUGGAGGUAAACACAAAGGUAAAAGCAAAAUCCUCGAUAAAUCUAUAAGUGGUUCAUCAAAGAAUAAAAGUUCAUCCAAAAAUGAAAGGAAAUCAGAUGGAAAAGCACAUGAUGUUUCAUCCGAUGGUGAAGGUUUACCUAUAAGUGGCGGUUCACCAAAAGGUGAAAGUUCACCUAGCAGUAACAAUGUAUCUAGCAGUACAACUUCUCCUAAAGAUAUAAAUAAAAACAUGGAUAAAGAAAGCCCGAAAGAUAAAAGCAAAUCUAAAACUAAAAGUAAGUUCAGUGGUAAUAGUGGUUCAUCAAUUGAUGGAGGUUCAUCCAAUGAAGAUAAAUCAAGUGGAAAAGCAUAUGAUGAUUCAUCUAAUAAAGGAAAUUCGCCAAUGAGUGGAGGUUCUCCAGAUGGUGGAAAUUCAUCAGUCGGUGAAAGUUCACGCAGAGAUAAAGAUAAAGAUAUGGAUGAAAGUAGAGACAAUUCAUUUAGUGGUGGAACUUCACCUAGAAGUAAAAGUAAAUUCACGGUUAAAAGAAAAUUCAGACACGAAAGAAAAUCUAAGAUUGAAAAACAGUUUGAAAGUCAAAAUGGUUCAUCAAUGAGUAGAAGCUCAUCCAAAAAUGAAAGCAGAUCAUAUGGAGAAUCAUCUAUGCGUUCAUUCAGUGAUUGAAAUUCACCUAUAAUGGAAGUUCAUCAGGUAGAAAAAGUUCACUCAGACAUAAGAAUGAACACAUAGAUACAAAUAAAUAAUAGAUAAAAUUAAAUCCAAAUACUAGAAAUAAAUUUGGUUGUCAAUGUGAUUCGUCGAUGGAUAGAGAUUUACCAUAUGGUGGAAGUUAACACAAUGAAAAAGUUCAAUUAACUAUAAAAAAUAUAUCUAAAUGAAUGUAGACAAGAGUAAAUAUAAAUUUAUAAAAAAAAAAAUUAGUCGAGA